GGCGCAAAUUCAAAUAUUUGUAAUGGGUUUAUUUGAGCUAAACCAAGAUCCCGCCAAGUUCAAAUUACAUUUACGAGAUUUCCUAAUUCAAUUAAAAGAAUUUGCAGGAGACAAUACAGAUCUUUAUCUUGAUGAGCGAGAGGCUGAAUUAGAACGAAAGAAAAAAGAAGAGAUGGAAAGUGCGCUCAAAAUUCCGGGUCUAGUAAAGCCUGCUGAUCUGCCGAUGGAUGAAGAGGAAUAG